AUUACGAUACCCACGUGUUACACCUUAAAAUAUCCACCCAGCGUGUGAGAAGAUAUAAAACUGGCGACGAGGAUGGGAUAAGGAAGUGCGUUUUGUGACAAUUUACUGUUUACUUGUGUUUCCAGAAUUCGCGAGUAACAAAAACGAUGGCUUCCCUGGGUAGCAUCGAACAUUUUUCAAUAAGUGAUCCUAAACAAUGGGAAUCUUAUGUGGAAAGAAUGGAAUUCUUUUUCACGGCAAAUGGGAUUGCGGAUGCAAGUAAGAAACGCGCGACAUUUUUGAGCCUAUGCGGCCCAGAAACGUACGAAAUUCUUAGGUCAUUGGUCGCGCCGGCGAAAGUCGCUGAUAAAACGUACGGGGAAAUUAUAAAGGAAUUAGGUACACAUUUCUCUCCGAAGACAUCGGAGAUUGUUUACCGUUUCAAAUUCUACAGACGGGAUCAACAAAAUGGGGAGACAUUCCCCGUAUACCUUAAGGAAUUACGUAAAUUGGCCGAACCGUGCGGAUUUGAGGCUACUUUAGACACAAUGUUACGUGACAGAAUAGUUUGUGGAAUAAUCGAUGAGACAUUACAGAAAAGAUUACUUGCUACCACCGAUUUAAAAUUAGCGGAUGUAACAAAAAUGUGCGUAGCUCACGAAACUGCUACGACCAGUUUUGCAAUGAUUCGCGAAGGGGGCAGCGGCGAUCGAGUGGAGGUUAAUGCCCUUAAUUCACGCAAGCAAGUAAAAUCAGCUGAUCGCGCGAGCAGACCGGGGCGCGUUGGGAAAAAGUGUUUUCGAUGUGAAAAAGACCACGCUGCAGACUCGUGCGUUCACAGUCAAUCAACUUGUAGUUACUGUAAAAAAUUAGGACAUAUCGCAAUCGCGUGUUUCAAAAAGAAAAGAGAAAGCCAAAACAAACUUAAAGUGCACAUUGCAAAUGACAGCGACCCUUACACGGAGGAGCCGGAAAUUUCUCCGGACCCGAAUUGCGUUAAUAGUGAUUACGUUUUUUCAAUAAAUAACGUAACGCCUGACAAAUUUUCCGGUAAAUAUUUAACAGCCGUUUCAGUCAACGGGAUACAGACAAAAAUGGAAGUGGAUUCGGGCGCUGGCUAUACGAUUAUAGGCCGAUCGUUGUUCCAAAAAAUCUCGAACGGGAAUCACCUGAAAUUGAAGAAGAGUCAUGUUAUCUUAAGAGACUACCAAAACAACCCGAUACCAACAGUGGGAGAAUGUUUGGUGGAGGUGCGUCGAGGUUCACGGAGGUCAACCCUUCCGUUAAUCAUCACCGAAGGAAACCGCCCGAGUCUUUUAGGCAGAAACUGGUUCCAAGAGCUGGGUCUAACUGUUUCCGGGGUGCACACCGUAAUUCAACAACCAGGGUUUAUUAGAGUGAAAAGAGGGUACAAACCGAUGCGGGUAGAAAAUUUAGUUGAUAGUAUACAGCCGCACAGGGACCCAACCGAUCCAUAUUUCUCGUAUCAGUGGUAUUUAAAGAAUACGGGUCAAAAUGGCGGUAAAGCCAAAUUAGAUUUAAAUGUGGAAGCGGCAUGGGCGCAAGGCGUUACGGGAAAAAAUGUGACGACAGCUAUUAUGGAUGAUGGUGUUGACUACAUGCAUCCGGAUCUAAAAUUCAAUUACAACGCGAAAGCCAGUUACGAUUUCAGUAGCAAUGAUCCGUAUCCCUAUCCCCGCUAUACCGACGACUGGUUUAAUAGUCAUGGAACUCGUUGUGCAGGAGAAGUCGCGGCAGCGCGAGAUAACGGAAUAUGUGGAGUUGGCGUCGCAUACGAUUCUAAAAUUGCGGGUAUACGAAUGUUGGAUCAGCCGUACAUGACGGAUCUAAUCGAAGCGAACUCUAUGGGACAUGAACCUAAUUUAAUCGAUAUCUAUAGCGCGUCUUGGGGACCUACGGAUGAUGGAAAAACUGUGGACGGACCUAGAAACGCUACGAUGCGUGCAAUUGUUAGGGGAGUAAACGAGGGGCGGAAUGGUUUGGGGAAUAUAUAUGUGUGGGCAAGUGGUGAUGGCGGGGAGGACGACGAUUGUAAUUGCGAUGGAUAUGCGGCAAGCAUGUGGACUGUAAGUAUUAACAGCGCUAUAAACGACGGACAAAAUGCUCACUACGAUGAAAGCUGCUCAUCGACGUUGGCUUCCACAUUCAGCAACGGUGCGAAGGAUCCAAACACAGGAGUGGCGACAACUGACCUGUACGGAAAGUGUACGACAACUCACUCCGGUACAUCUGCGGCCGCACCGGAGGCCGCUGGAGUGUUUGCAUUGGCAUUGGAGGCAAAUCCGCAACUAUCUUGGAGAGAUAUUCAGCAUCUGGCGGUACUGACCUCGAAACGAAAUUCCCUUUUUGACGCUAAGGGACGGUUUCAUUGGACGAUGAACGGUGUAGGUUUGGAGUUUAACCACUUGUUUGGUUUUGGAGUACUGGACGCGGGUGCAAUGGUUGCUCUCGCUAAGCAAUGGAAGACAGUUCCACCACGUUACCAUUGUGAAGCAGGAUCCGUUACUAAAAUGCAACCCAUUUCUUCAGGAAAAUCGCUGGUUUUAAAAAUAGAGACGAAGGCCUGUGAAGGAGAAGCAACAGAAUUAAGAUACCUUGAACACGUUCAAGCUGUGGUAACUGUAAACGCAUCUAGACGAGGAGAUUUGGAAUUGUACUUAACUUCGCCUAUGGGUACAAAAUCUAUGAUAUUAAGCAAACGACCAAAUGAUGACGAUUCCCAUGAUGGUUUUACAAAAUGGCCAUUUAUGACUACUCAUACAUGGGCGGAAUAUCCACAAGGAACAUGGAUUUUAGAGGCGCGGUUCAAUUCCUUGACACCGCAAACGGGCUUCUUCAAGGAGUGGACAUUGAUGCUCCAUGGUACCAAAGAACCUCCAUACACGGAACUUGCUGUUUUGGAUCCCCAUUCUAAAUUAGCCAUUGUUAAAAAAGCCCACGAGAGCCGAAUUAAACGAUAUUAAUUCUUUUACUUUAUGCUGCAAAGCAUUGUAAUUACACACUGUUUGAUUAAUUUAAAUUUAAAACCUGCCAAUGCAUACAUAGGGAUCAUAAACGUCAAGGGUGGUCAGAAAUAUUUGUGGUUCUUCUUAUUUUUUAUGUAGACACAAGUUGUGAAUGUGUUGUUUUUAGAAUAACUUGCAUACUCACAGUCCUCUGUAAUAAGACGCAACGGCCCUUAACAGAGUGACUUUGAAACUUUGUUAAGAUAGCAAAUAUUUCAUAUUAUACACCAAACACCACAAAAAUCUCGCUACCGAUGUUUUUAAAAUUUAAGGUCUUUCUUGUAAACAUUUCUUAGCUUACAACAUUUUGGUGCUAUUACAUAUACAAAACAUUUCAAGUUAAGUAGGUAGCUUUAUACCUGUUUGUCUCAAAUUUCGUAAUAUGUAAGGAUCAUUUAGAUUGGCACAACUUAACAGCCGAUUUUGUACCACACAACCGUUAGUCACAGCACUGUAGUAGGUGCAAUUUCUUUACGAAUUUGCUAUCACUUUUUAGUAUCACCAAAUUAGUCUAGAAAUGGUAAAAGUAGUAUCAGAAAAAGUAGCUCUAAUACUUAAAUCGUAAUAAGCACUUACUUGUCUGAUGUACCGCAUCGUUCGAAAAUUGUAGACACCGUACUGUAGCAAUGUCAGUUUUAAAUCGUCAUCACAGCUUGACAAAAAAAAUUAAAAACAGCUCAAUACGCGCACAUGGCUCACUUCGUCUUCAUUCCAGCCAAUACGUCUCUUACACUUACCUACUUUGAACAUAAUUAGUGCUAAUGCUUGAUCCAUUAUGUACUUAAGGGACGGACGGACAAGAACACCCAUCACUUUAUACACCAAAAAUCUACUUAUAUAGGUAUAUAUAUACAGGACUUUAGUUGUAUGUUUUUACCUACUUCAUUCUUAAUUACAUUGUAUAAAUUGUUCCAGCAACAAAAUCUGGUUAUUAAAUGUGAUAUUUUCACACCUGUGAUAUUUAAAUUCCACACAUUGUACAAACAAUAUCGUAUGUAGCACUUGAAAAGAUGAUAAUAACAAUCAGGCAUUAGCAUUUUAUUAAAAUGAGUGUUUUUUUAGGAAAAAUAUUUAGUACCUUAAAAAAUGUAAAUAAAAAUUUAAAAAAAAACUGAAAUAUAUAAAAAAAGAUAUCAUUGCGAGUCACAGCUAUAGAAUAACUAUAUCAAUUCAUAUGGGCAAAUAUACAGGUAUAUAAUGUAUUAAAUAUCAUGAGUAGAAUUAUUAUUAUUUUUUAAUAAGGGGGACUUUACCAGAUGAAUAAAAUGUGUAGAUAUAUUA